GCGGGGCCUGCACGGCAGGAGUCGCUGUGCGGGGCUGGCACCCUCAGAGCUGCAGGCAGCACCCUGGAGCCUGAGCGGCUAGUGGCACACAGACCAGCGGACACUAGGACAGACAUGGUGUGCUCUCUGGGAGAGGGGAGCACGGCCACUCCCGCGAGCGGACUCCAUGAGGAAUCAGGAGCCCCCAUGUGGGGGGAAGUAGGCGGGGGCAGUCCAGCCGCGCUGUUUCUUUAAGACCGUGUUCCCGCUGACACCCGUGAUGCAGAGGCCUCCAUGGCUGUGAUAAGUCUUCUGUUCUUGGCAGUGAUGUAUAUUGUGCACCACCCCUUAAUGGUUAGUGACCGGAUGGACUUGGACACACUAGCCAGAAGUCGGCAGCUGGAGAAGCGCAUGAGCGAGGAGAUGCGCCAGUUAGAGAUAGAGUUUGAACAGAGAAAGCAAGCAGCUGAGCAGAAGCAGAGGGCAGAGGACUUCUGGAGAGGAGACACAUCCAGCGACCAGUUAGUGCUGAGAAGGAAAGACAUGGGGUGGCCAUUCCAUGCUGAGGGCCAGGAGGGGCCACUGAGCUGGACGCUAGGAAACCUGUGGAAUGCUGGCCUCUUUUGCCUUUUUCUCAUCUUUGAGCUUCUGCGACAGAACAUGCAGCAUGAGCCAGCCUUCGAUUCUAGCAGUGAUGAGGAGGAGGAGGAAGUCCGGGUGGUACCCGUCAUUUCCUACAACUGGCUUUCCAACUUCCCUUCUCAGGAGGCCCUGGAAUCCUUUUAUAAACGCUAUGUCCAGAAUGUCAUCCGUGACCUGCCCUGCACCUGUGAGUUUGUGGAGAGCUUUGUGGACGACCUCAUUGAGGCCUGCCGGGUGCUCAGCCGCCGGGAGGCUCACCCACAGCUGGAGGACUGCCUGGGCAUUGGGGCUGCCUUUGAGAAAUGGGGAACCUUCCAUGAGACCCAGAAAUUUGAUAUCCUGGUGCCCAUUGUGCCCCCCCAGGGUGCCAUGUUUGUGCUGGAGAUGAGGGAUCCAUCCCUAGGCCACCGCUGUGGCAGUGUGCUGGUGGAGUCAGAAUGCAUAUGCAAACGUGAGAAGCUUCUGGGGGAUGUGUUGUGCUUGGUGCACCACCACAGGGACCACUCAUCUCUCUUGGGCAAGUGCAGCAGCUCCAUCAAAGCAGCCCUUUGUACUGGCUCCCAUUUGGAUGUGCGCAAAACUGUACAGUGGUUCCGGAACAUGGUGGGCAAUGCCUGGGCCCUCGUGGCCCACAAGUAUGACUUUCAACUCAGCCUCCCACCAUCCACCACCUCCUGCAAACUCAGGCUGGACUACCGCUCAGGCCGCUUUCUCUCAAUUUGUUUGGUCCUGGGGGUGCAACGGGAAGACACCUUGGUCUACCUGGUGAGUCAGGCCCCUGACCAGGAACAGCUCACCAGUGUGGACUGGCCUGAGUCCUUUGCAGCCUGUGAACACUUGUUCCUGAAGCUGGUAGGGCGUUUUGCUCCUGAGAACACCUGUCACCUGAAGUGCCUCCAGAUCAUUUUAAGUCUCCGGGACCUUCAGAGCUUACCCCAGGGAGCGUCCCAUCCCAUCCUUACCUCUUACCACUUUAAAACAGCCCUCAUGCACCUGCUGCUGUGGCUGCCCCUCACAGACUGGCAGCACAGCAUGCUCUCCCAGCGGCUCCAGGACAUCCUCUGGUUCUUGGGCCGUGGCCUCCAGCAAAGGUCCCUCCAUCAUUUCCUCAUUGGUAACAACUUUCUGCCCCUGACCAUCCCGAUCCCUAAGAAAUUUCGGGAUGCCGAACCUGUCAAUCUCUUCCAACACCUGGUGCUAAACCCCAUGGCACAUUCACAGGCACUGGAAGAGUUCCACAACCUACUGACCCGUGUGAAAGCUCUGCCCUGUGCCCCUUUGGCCGGGGCACAUUAAUGUAAAGUAAAGGCUAUUAAAAAUGUGGAGAAGGUGUUGCUGAUUCCUCUAACUGCAAGAGUUUAUUUUUCAGUGACAUCAGUGGUAUAUAUGACCUUCAUCUUCUGAUUAGGAGCUAUGAUAAAUUAAGACACUUAAAGCGUGAAGUGAUCACGAAGAUGGGGUUCCAGUGGGUCUUCUGAGGUUUUCUUCUCCUGACUUAACUUUCAUCAUGACCCACAGAGAGCCCAGGGAAAUUGAUGUUAUGGGCAGAUCUUGCUGAUAAAGAGUUAGAUCCAGAGGUGGCCUGUGAAGCUGUGUUUUGUAUCAACAUGGGAAGUGAAAGAGAACUAGAGAACACCUCCAUUCCAGCUCAUUCCUUCUCACAUUUUAGGAGCUAAUUUUUCAGACCUUCACUAUUUGCAUAUACAACCAAGAGGUUUAUUUUCUGUUUUCUUAAUUUAGCCCAAUUUUUAAAAAUGUUUUAUUUAUUUAUUUUUGGAGGGUUGGCCGGGGUUGGGGAGGGAGAAAUAAAGAGAGGGAAAAAAACAUUGACUGGUUGCCUCUUGCACGUGUCCCAUCUGGGGACCAGGCCUGCAACCCAGUCAUGUGCUCUGACUGGGAAUCAAACCAGUGACCUUUCACUUUGCAGGACGAAGCUCAACCAACUGAGCCAUGCUGGUCAGGACUAGCCCAAGUUUUAUAUGAUAAUAUAGCUGUUUUUAUGCAUCUGAAAAAAAUUUCAGUAGUACCCAAAUAAUUUAUUAGCAUUGAUUUGCAAAUAUUAAGUCAGUAGUGACUGUCCCAUAAUUGAGAUAAUGUAUUUACUAAAGUUAAAUAGCCAAUACCUGCUGACCGCAGUACCUGGAAGCAACAUUAUAAAACCCUUGAAGAUGAUGCUUUUUUGGAUGUUCUGACAUGAAUAAUUGUUUCCAAGGGGAGCCACUUGUUUGUUAAAUGGAAAGAAGUUUUAGCUAUGAUGUGAAGCUGUACUUUUUCUCAGUCUGGUAAUGCCUUUGUAUUCUCUUUUGAAAGAUCACAAAGGAAUUAUUUGAACUCUAUAUGCGGCAUUGCAAUGCAAGUUCAAAACAAUUGACCACUGGCAAGGUUGGACUGCAAGGGACUGUGAAGUAGUCCAACUUCGAACAAAGUCACGAUAUUGGAGGUGUGAUUGAUGUAUUUUUCUGUUCCGUAAAACCCUGGACAUCCUGAGGAGGAGUGUUAAGAAAUGUGACAAUAGUCGUGAGUGUGGUUGUUUUGGAAAUCUAAUGCUGUUCCUACUUUGCAAGCCAGCAAGAUCUGGAGAGGAGAACCUUAGCUCCACAUUUAACUUGACCUUAGAGGGGUUAAGAUGCUAGCCUUAUGGGCUUUGGUUGUAGAAUCCACACCCUCCACCCAGCAAAAAUAAAUUACAAGUGUUCCGGAAGCUGAUGCCAGUAUGUAUUUGAGGCUCCUACUGCUCAGUAGCUGCUGUGCUCCCAUGUUGUCUGCUGGUAUCUGCCAGGUACUACUUUCAAGUUAAGAUGCAGUGAUGGUUUGUUCUAUGCUGGUGGGAUUUUGAUGUUUUAGAAACAUCCAUAUGCUUUUUGUUUAGAAAAUACUUUGGUAGUGUUUCUAUGUAAAUCAAUAAAGAAGGCUAUUUUCUGUA